AUGCCGCGGGGCUUGACAUCGGCGCAAAUAGAGAAUAUUCUCUAUGACGAUAAUGUCACAGAGUUGGGGGACAGUGAUCUCUCUGAGGAGGACGAUGAAGAUGACUCUGAUUACAUACAAUCAGACAGGGGGAGUGGUGAUGAAAAUGAAAGUGAAUCUGCUCCUGCUCAUUCCAGCAAGAAGCGGAAAAGGGAUGGUGGGGAGUCCGGGCUUGUAUACAUCCCAUCCAAGCGCCACCGAUUUGGCCUAAAACUAUUUGUUCUUUGUGACUGUGAAACUGGCUUCAUUUUGGACAUGAUUUUGUACACUGGGGCAAGAACAAACAUCAAAGAGAAUAAGAAGUUGGGCAUAUCAGGAAGCGUUGUCAGUACCAUGCUUGAGUCUUACCUUGGUCAAGGACAUAUACUUUUUGUUGACAACUGGUACACCAGUCCUACACUGCUCCACUAUCUGCAUGAGAGAAUGACUGGGGCCUGUGGUACGGUAAAGCCAAAUCGCAAGUUUAUGGCCAAAUUCCCCAUCGGACUGCAGAAAGGCGAUGUUGUUCACAAGCAGGCAAACAACAUUCUUGCAGUGAAAUGGAAGGACAAGAGAGACGUUCAUCUCCUCACCAGUGUCCAUGAACCAAAGUUGCAAACGAGUGAGAACAUUGACCAUUCCACAAAAACCUUCAUCGACAAACCUGAAUGUGUUAUUGUCUACAACCAAAACAUGCGCCUUGUAGAUAAAAGUGACAGCAUGAUGUCAUCUGUGGAAUGUUCAAGGAAAACAAUGAAAUGGUACAAAAAGAUGUUUUUUCAUCUGAUUGACUGUGCUGUCCUCAACGCCCAUAUUCUAUACCAGGUCAAAACUGGCGAGAAGCCGACACUCCAUGACUUCACAAGGGAGGUAAUAAGACAGCUUCUUGAGCAGUAUUCGGAGCCUCUUCCUACAGCAGGACGACGACGAGCAUCUCAUGGUGACGAUCCUACACGUCUCACAGGUCGUCAUUUUCCCAAGUAUAUCCGACCUACAGCUGCCAAGAAAAACGCCCAAAAGCCUUGCCACGUCUGCCGCACCACCACACUCCGGCCAAAGCAACGCAAAGAUACGAGGUUCAUGUGUGUGCCCUGCGACACGGCUCUUUGUCUGGACCCGUGUUUUGAGGUAUAUCACACUCUCAAGAUAUACUAG